AUGGAAAUUCCUCCGCGGCCUCCGCCGGAGACGGAAGCCUAUACACUAACCACCUCUUCAGUCUCCUACGUGAAACCCAAAACCUCUCUCUCUCUCCUCCGCUUUGCCGCGACUGAGCCACCCUCCUUUAUCCUUCGCAACAUCACUCUCACCGCUCAUCCCUCCGAGAUCCUCGCCGUCGUUGGCCCUUCCGGCGCCGGAAAAUCAACUCUCCUCGACAUUCUCGCCUCUAAAACCUCCCCAACAUCCGGCUCAAUCCUCCUUAACUCUAUUCCCAUCAACCCUUCCUCUUAUCGGAAAAUCUCCUCUUACGUUCCUCAACAUGACUCUUUCUUACCUCUCCUCACCGUCUCCGAGACUUUCUCUUUCGCCGCUCGUCUAUUGCUCCCAGACCCAUCAAACGCCUCUCAAACCGUAACCUCUCUUCUCUCAGAACUCAACCUAACACACCUCUCCAACACAAGACUUGGACAGGGCUUGUCUGGUGGCGAGAGAAGAAGAGUUUCUAUAGGUUUAAGCCUACUUCAUGACCCUUGCUUUCUCCUCCUUGACGAACCCACUUCCGGCUUAGACAGUAAAUCUGCUUUCGACGUUGUUCACAUCCUCAAGUCUAUUGCGGUGUCAAGAAAACGUACAGUGAUCUUGUCCAUUCACCAACCUAGCUUCAAGAUUCUCACUAUCAUAGAUCGCCUGCUACUUCUUUCGAAAGGAACUGUUGCGUACCAUGGAAAUCUUGACUCCCUCGAAGGUUUCUUGCUCUCCAAGGGAUUCACCGUCCCUCCGCAGCUAAACUCUCUCGAAUACGCCAUGGAAAUACUUCAAGAACUUGGAGGAUCCGACGGAAACACUGACGUCAUCGCUCUUCCUUCGACAGAGAACCGAAGACGGAGAGAGAAACAGAAUAUUGUUCGGUAUAGAACAUCAAGAAUCACCGAGAUAAGCCUUCUUUCGAGAAGAUUCUGGACGAUUAUUUACCGGACAAAACAGUUGCUUCUGACCAAUGCAUUAGAAGCCCUUGUAGUUGGUCUUGUGCUAGGAACGAUCUACAUCAACGUUGGAAUUGGAAAAGAAGGAAUCGAGAAAAGAUUCGGCCUUUUCGCCUUCACGCUCACAUUCCUCCUAUCUUUAACAACCGAAACCCUACCAAUCUUCAUCAACGAGCGUCCGAUUCUUCUCAGAGAGACUUCAAGUGGCGUUUACAGACUCUCCUCUCACAUUCUCGCCAAUACACUCGUUUUCUUGCCAUACUUGUUUGUUAUCUCAGUCAUUUACUCAGUUUCGCUCUAUUUCCUCGUCGGUCUCUGCCCUACGUGGCAUGCUUUUGGGUACUUCGUUCUCGUGAUAUGGAUCAUUAACCUAAUGGCGAACUCCUUUGUUCUCUUCUUGAGCUCUCUUGCCCCAAAUUACAUUGCGGGAACCUCUCUUGUGACCGUUCUUCUAGCGGCUUUCUUCUUGUUCUCAGGUUACUUCAUCUCCAAGGAAAGUCUGCCCAAGUACUGGCUUUUCAUGUACUUCUUCUCCAUGUAUAAGUAUGCGUUGGAUGCGCUUAUUAUAAACGAGUACUCGUGUUUGGCUUCCAAGUGUUUGGUCUGGUUUGGGGAAGGUCAAGGGAAGAUCUGCUUGGUUACCGGAGGUGUCGUGUUGGAGAAGAAAGGGCUUCAUGAGAAACAGAGGUGGUUUAAUGUUUAUGUUUUGUUAGGGUUCUUCGUACUUUAUCGUGUGUUGUGUUUUCUUAAUCUCCUUAGAAGGAUUUCACGUUCCAAGCGGUAA